AUGGAAAGCACUCCCUCGAGGGCUCCGCGGAGCCGCCUGUCUUGCAGCGAGUGCCAACGCAGGAAGCAAAAGUGCAAUCGAGAAUGGCCGUGUAACCACUGCGUGAAGCGCAAAGUGGCAGACAAGUGCCGCUUUGCCCUGCCCGCCUUGCAAGCGCCGGCGGAGGCAUCAACAGCGCCACAGAACCGCAAGCGCCAGUCCAGUCCAGACGAGGCUCACGCAGACAUCGUCCCUCCCGCUCCGGACUUCCAGCCCGGAAGUUUGGGAUAUAGCACAGCCGAGAUGCUGGCAGGCCUCGGCCUCGAAGAGAAGAAAGAUGCGCCAGACGAUAACCAAUACUGGACCGACGCAGCUUCGUGCGCCGCGCUUGGACGUGCAUUGAACGAAUUCCCGAAACGACACUGGGUUGACUCGCUCCUUCGAAUAUUUUUCAACAACGUCAAUAACCAAUUUUAUAUUAUCUACCCAGCCGCAUUCUUUGACGAGUACCAGAGUUGGUGGACUAGAGUGCAAGAGAAGAGACCCGUGGCGCUCCAAUUUACCGCGUUGCUGUUUACCGUCUGCGCUUGCUCCAUUCAGCAUGCCGACGAAUCGCUCAGGGCAGUAAUUCAGCGAGACUUGGGCGAGCAUACAGAGCCGUUAUCAGAAAAAUACCACAACCUUGCCCGAGAAUUGGGAAGCGUGGUGCCACCUGGAUACAGCCACUUGCACAGCUGCCAGAGCAUGCUUCAUUCGUCUUAUUGGUAUAUAUCGCAGGCCAAAUACCCAGAAGCAUGGCAUGCACUUAGCGCUGCCGCUCGAGAAUGCCAGAUACUUGUACGAGAAAAGGACAAGGCGUUCCACGAACUUUCUUCCUUUGAACGCGAAAUGAGACGUCGCUUAUGGUGUAUCAUCCAGAUCUUGGACUGGCAAAUAUCUGCUGGAUUGGCCCGUGCCACUAUUGUCAAUUGGUCCGCUGUUGAAGUUGUGCUCCCAGCUCUCACCAUGGAAGCCUUUUCACCAUCACCAAUGCUGCAUAUGAAGAUACAGUCACAGCUCAUCUCGCAAUUGGCCGCCACGUAUCCGAACAGUAAUAAUUUGGAACCGAAUCAGAUACGCAAAUACCAAGCCACGGUAGAGAAUUGGGCCAGAGCGUUCCCCCGGGUCUACGCGUUUGACAAUCCAGACACAUCCAAAGAUGCGACAAACCCGUGGAUCAUUUUCAACCGAUACUAUCUGUACACAAUGGCAUAUUUCCUCCUACUUGCUUCUAUCCGACCGGUGAUGCUGAAGGGAUACACCUCUGCUUUAUCAGAAGAAGAGAGAGACAUCUGCUCGGAUGGUAUCAAGUAUUGUGUGAAGAAUAUAAGAGUUGCCGUUCUGUGGGCUGAGCAUGUCGAUCGGCAUGGCGGCGGUUAUCAUUUCAUGACAAGUUCAGCCUUUGAUACGGUUGUCCUAUUAUGCACGUGCAUUAUGAAAGACGUGGAGAACACGAUGACCAAGAAAGACGAAAUCUACAAGGAACUCGACAACGCCGUGUCUUUGUUUGCUCGAAUAGCUCAUACAUCUUCCACAGCCAAAUUCGCUCGUGACACUGCUUCUCAGGUUGUGGCGAAGCUGCAGCGCCCCAAUGCGGCUCGCAAUAUACAAAAGAGACAAAAGACGGCUGCUGACGCGACAUCGCCAAAACCAAAAGCUUCAAGUCCGGGUCUAGCCGAAGAAACAGGCUCUGAAACAUCGCCAGAAAGCAUGACCAGAGAUGAAUCUACUCCAGCUAGCAUGUCGGAUGGCUGGCAAGGAUCUACCGACGGCGUGCGGGGGACUUCUUCUGUCGACGAACACAGGGCAAACUAUGGCACCAUUGACGAGUCACUGUCGCCCUGGCCCAUGGAUAGUUAUGAUGAGACGGCGGCAGCUGAACAAGCAGCCACCCUCGGUGACGACUUUGCAUUUGAGUUUGAAGAGCAGGGGACAGAUCAGCCGGUGCAGCUCGAUGACUUCGCGGCAUUGUGGGAUUGGGAGGCCUUAGGUAUGGGAGCAUAUCUGUUGGAAAAGCAUCCGGGAUUUUAA